CUUUAUAGAAAUUUAAAUGCACAACCAAAUGAUUCCCACUCCUGAUACUUCUUGCUUAUCAGAAGACAUAUUCCAGGAUGUAUAUGAACCUGCAGAGGAUACAUUUGCUUUGUUGGACGCUCUAGAGGAGGAUAAAGACAAAUUGUGUAAUUUUGCAGAUGAAAGACUACUAAUUACUGCAGAAAUAGGUUGUGGAUCUGGAUGUGUAUCGUCGUUUUUCAAAAGUGGAAUAUUACAAAACAGACCAACAAUACAUUUUAUGACAGAUAUUUCAAGUGCCGCUUGUAAUGCAGCAGCUUAUGUGGUAAAUAAAAAUCGAGAAGUAUACAAUGACAGAAGUGGCGCAUUCUUAACUGCACAAACUUGCUUCUUAGAAGGAUUAAGGAUUAAAAAAAGCAUUGAUGUCUUACUUUUUAAUCCUCCUUAUGUUCCUACCGAAUUUGAGGAAAUCCCUAAAGAAGCUAACAUAGCUUCCACUUGGGCAGGAGGAGCUGAUGGAAUGAAUGUAACAAGCCAAUUGUUGGAAAUUUUGGAUGACAUACUUUCUGCAGACGGAAUCUUUUAUAUGGUCGCCGUUGCUCGAAAUAAUCCAGCAAAAAUCCAAAAUUAUAUGUCUCAGUUUGGUUAUAAUUCAAAAGAAGUGUUGCGAAGAAAGGCAGGAAGAGAAACACUAUGUGUAUUGUGUUUUUCAAGGAGCAAUGCUUUAUUUUCUUAAUAUUAUUAUAUCGGUUCUUUUAGGUCAUAUUUAAUUUCAUUCAAGAAAGCUAAGAUUACAACUAAUUGUAUGACUUGACUUAAGUAUCGAUUCGUAAUUUUCCUUGAUGAACAUGUGCACGAGCGUUAACACAAGCUGGAAUCUCUUCCUCAUAGUGAGAAAUGAUAACCAUUGCUUGGGAAGGUAAAAGAUUUUUAUUUAACCACUUGUGAGCUUGGUGCAUAUAUCUGAUAUCUACACCUUGGAAAGGCUCAUCCAAAACCAAAAAACGAGGCCUUUUAAUUAUGGCUCUACAAAAAAGAAUAAAUCUUUGCAUGCCUGUAGGUAAUUGGGACAAAGGGAUAUUCUCAAAGCUGCGGAGACUCAGUUCAUCUAAAAGUUUUCUAAUGGCCUCUGAACGGCUCUCAGUUUCUCUUGGGAGUGUGAAGGUAGUACUCCAAGCACUUAAAAGAGUCUCUCUGCAGGUAAAUUCUUUAGGAAAAUGUGUGUGAACUUCAGGGGACUAGUAUAAUGUUAGUAAAAAGACCAUUUAGGGAUAACAGUAACAUACACAAUGACCGACGUUUUCUUGAAUAUCGAAGACUGAAAUUCCUGUUCCUGGUCCAAUAAACUUUCCAAAAAACUUUAUGUCUGUAGCAAAGAGCUUUGGAUGAUCACCAAGGGCGAAAGCUAAGAGAGUAGUUUUUCCGCUACCAUUGCUACCGCUUAAAGACCAUCGUUCUCCUUCUUUAAUAGUCCAAUUAACGUUCUCUAAAACAGGUUUGCCCCAAUACGUACAAUUCAGAUUGUUCAUUUCAAUGAUCGGCUUACCAAUCUUAGGAGGUUUAGUAUCUUCGAGCUGAGGUUUUGUCAAAACUGCGGAAUUUAAGGAUGGAUGAUAGUGAUCCUUGACUCCUUGGUAGGUUAUCUCGUGGUUAUUUAGCUCAACAAUAUGAGUCACGAAAUCAGGUAUUUCGUCCUGUUGUCGGAGGGAAAGAACAAUUUUAGGAGAGCAAACGCUGGACAUAUUUCCCAAAAGAUUAGAAACAAUUGAACGAGAAGCAACAUCUAACCCAGCUAACCUUUGUUAGUACUGAAGCAAAGGCUAAGUAUGUAAACGUACCAUAUGGCUCAUCUAGUAAUAGCAAUUGGGACUCUAAUAAUAAUUUUACAGCGAGCAUCGCCCUUCUCGAUUGUCCAUUGCUUAAAUUAAUCAAACUAGAUUCGAGUAAAUGCUCCAACCUAGUAAUUGAGGCUGCAUAUUGAACUUUUUCCAAUGCUUUUUCUUCGGGACCUCUGUAUGCAUCAAGUAACCAUUUUUGCAAACUAAUAUCUUCUCGUUUAUCGCGGUGCGAAUGAUACCUUUCUGAAUAGUAAGCAGCACGCUGAAGACCCGAGCUUUGAAAAUCCAAAAACUGAAUCGCUUGCCAGGGACUUUUGUUAGUAUCUGAUAGAAAUGGGUAUUUAAAAUUUGUAGCAGGAGAAGGUGUAUACGAUCCUUUUAAGCACUAAAAUCAGUCAGUAAAUAAUACAUUAUCAGGAAUAGUCG